UUACCUUCCCGGCGAUAGCAAUGGCUCGUACUCGUACAGGAACGAGAAAUGGUUCCAACUGACUCUUGACGAACGAAUCAAUCGGGCAGUAUGGAGAUCGCCCAUAUGGGCGAAAAUGUAUCCAGACGACGUCGCCGUAGUUCAGCAGGGUUGGGUCAGUCUCGAACAGGGUGCUCGUGAAGCAAGAUUUGAGUUCAGGGUCCGACGGCCGGAGCAUUCUGACGUCCCGAAAGAAGACCUCCGCCAGGAACAUUACACUUGGCUACUUUUGAACGCGUUUGCAUACCGUCACGAGGACGGAGCUUUGAAGUCAGUUGUUGGGUCAGCAUCGGAUAUCUCAUUCAACAAAUGGGCCGAAGAUGUGCAAAAACAGAGGACAGACGACGCCAUCGAAUCCAAGCAAAUCAUGGAAAAGUUCAUCGACGUCACCAGCCACGAGAUGCGGAAUCCAUUAAGCGCUAUUAUGAUCUCAGCUGAGGAUAUUGUCAAGACGGCGUCUAACUUGAAAGCCGCGAUCCACGGCCAGGGUCAGCUUGUUAUAUCAUUGGUAAACGAGAUUGAGGAAGCAGCGCACACGAUUCUUCAUUGCACUCAACACCAAAAACGUAUCGUGGAUGACGUUCUCACAAUAUCAAAGAUAGACUCUGGUCUCUUUAGCGUUUGCCCAGAAGAGGUCAGAGUCGUAAAUGUGGUAAAGCACGUCCUCGGGAUGCUCGAGAAGGAGUUCAUUGCCAAAGACAUACAACCCAAUCUCGCUAUCAGAGAUUCUUUCAAAGAACUUGGAAUUGAGACAGUGCUACUCGAUCCGAGUAGAUUGGUACAAAUUCUAAUGAAUUUACUCACAAAUGCAAUAAAAUUCACCGCUGGAAGACCGAGCCGGGUUAUAACGGUGCACCUCGACGCUUUUCUGGAAGAUCCCAGGCAUGUUUAUGGUGGUGUUGAGUUUUUGGCUCUAAAAAAGCAGACUGAGGAUCUGACCCUUCGACCGGAGUGGGGCGGAGGCAAAUCUGUUUAUCUGUUGUUCGCAGUGGAGGAUAGUGGCUGUGGACUCAGAGAUACUAGUAUCUUGUUCAACCGCUUUUCGCAAGCACCGAAGACCCACGUCAACUAUGGUGGUUCUGGUCUCGGCCUGUUCAUCAGUCGAGAGCUCACGGAAAUGCAAGGCGGAGCAAUUGGCGUCUCUUCUGUCUUUGGAGCAGGCAGCAGAUUUGCAUUUUACAUCAAGGCCCGCAUGUCUAUAGCUCCAUCCAGGCCACUUUUACCCAACCCCGAAGCUUUCGAAUCCUUGCGACCGAUGCCCGCCGACCUGGACGUAGGGACAGAUUAUGCCGCACCGUCAGACCCAACUAUCUUCCCAGAGGGUCCUAAGCAAUUAGUUUGGGUUGACGAGGACACGGGAAUGAAUCUUGCAACUGCACUCAAGUCGCCGCCCGCGCGCUUUGACAUCCUUCUCGUUGAAGACAACAAGAUCAAUCAGAAAGUCCUAUCAAAACAGCUACGAAAAGCUGGACACAGCGUCAGCAUUGCAAACCAUGGCGUUGAAGCUAUUGACAUUAUCAACGAAAGCAAUUAUUGGAGGGGCCACGAAAGUGAUGGUGUCAAUCUCUCUGUUAUGCUGCUGGAUAUCGAAAUGCCCGUGAUGGACGGCCUUACUUGCAUCAAGAGGAUAAGAGAAUUGCAAGCUGAAGGGGUAGUGGUGAACCACCUACCAGUCAUUGCGAUCACGGCGAAUGCAAGGGCAGAGCAGGUGAAGGAGUAUCGUGAGGCGGGAAUGGAUGACGUGAUAUCAAAGCCCUUUAGCAUUCCCAACGUCCUCUCUACAAUGGAACGUCUGGUUCAUCGCUACGGGACGGCUAGCCCUGCGCUCUAUACAUCAACCUAAAGGACACCAAAUGAAAACGCUGUGUUACUACGUUCAUUGGCCCGGGGCUUUAUUCUAAU